AGGGAAUAAAAUGGCUUUCAGAAAGAGGAUAGUAACUGAUUUCAAAUUGCAAGGACUUCAGCUUACCAACGAGGCCACCACGUUCCUAGUGGAGGUACUAGACCUUUAUAAAGACAGUGAGGACCUCACGCAGAUAAUAGACGACAUUAUAGAAGCAGUUCAGAAGCAGCCACUAAAGAAAUCACUCCUAGAUAAAGAUGUGAUAGAGACAGCAGUAGAAGAAUGUAACCAAGAGACAGACUCCGACCCUGAUAAAGCGCUAGUUCUAAUAAAUGCAUUCGAGACGCCACCUUUCACUUAUAAUCCCGACCAGAAAAAAUUCCUACCAAUUCCUCUUCCUUCCAUGAAGCUCUUUGCAUCUGCUACACAAAAGACGAAACUUUUUCGAGAGCGAUACAACCUAAUUUAUCAACGGACUGUUCGACAUCAUCUUUUCAGCCCCCCUGUUGUUGGAGCGGCUGGGUCUAGUAAAGGCCCGAAAUUUCGACUGCACACGAUCGAAUACCUCCUAAGCAGUUCUGGUCUUCCUGAUAAGAUAAUAGUACUAGGUAUGUUGAUACAGCUACGGGAGAGGAAAUUCUAUUUGGAAGAUUUGACAGGUAAAAUUGAAUUAGAUCUUUCGGCCUGUCUUUUCCACACUGGGCUUUUUGUCGAGAACUCUAUCGUACUUGCCGAAGGACUUUUCAAAGAUGGAGUUUUUCAUUUAUCGGCCAUUGGGUGCCCACCCAUUGAGUCUUCUGCAAUCACUCGGAAUUAUUUUGGAACUGUUAACUUUUUUGGUGGGCCUUCACCAAUAGCUGCCAAGGCUUCCGUUAAGCUCCAGGAUAUGCUGAAAGGAAAUCAAGGAGUCAUGUUGGUUUUCUUCUCGGAUUUAUUUCUAGAUGAUGAUAAAGUCCUUGAGAAGCUCCCUCUUCUGUUUUCCGGUUAUUCUGAUUUUCCACCAGCCGCUUUUAUAUUUAUGGGUAAUUUUAGCUCCACCCCUUACGGUGCCGAUCGACACAAAAGAUUAAAAGAUUCGUUCAAGGCACUUGGCGACAUUAUGCUUAAUUAUCCAGAUCUACUCGAAAAGUCUCAAUUUUUCUUUGUCCCUGGACCCCUUGAUCCGGGGCCUGGGGAUAUUCUUCCCCGGCCCCCUAUACCAUCCUACUUAACAUCAGAUAUUACCAGUAGAAUCAGCAAUGUCACUUUCUGUUCUAAUCCUUGUAGAAUACAAUUCUGCACUCGGGAGAUUGUCGUAUUUCGUGAAGACAUCUUAACAAAGAUGUCUCGUCAUUGCGUUCGCUUUCCUACAGAAGGAACGGACAUGGCCAACCACUUUACCAAGACCAUACUCUCUCAAGGCCACCUCUGUCCCCUCCCCCUCCACUCUCGGCCUAUCUACUGGAUGUAUGACCACGCCCUCAGGCUCUACCCACUACCCGACUUAGUUAUGAUUGGUGAUAAGUGUAAUCCUUUCUCAGUGACUUCGGGCGAUUGUAUGGUUGUCAAUACUGGCUCUUUUCCUAAGAAUGGCUUCGAGUUUAGAGUGUACAUACCUCACUCUAACACAAUCGAGGACAGUCAGUUGGUAUAACAUUACUUAUUG